AUGGCCGAUGUACCAGAACCCUCGUCUACACAGCAAAGCCUGGUUCUCGCGAAUUCGGGGGUCAGUGCGAACGCCGACUCUAGCCGCUCUCUGCAGCGCAAAGACACCGACAGCACCACACAAACCCCGGAGGAACUAGCGAGGCAGAAUGUGGCUCCGUUUCUCGCAAAAUAUCAGCCGCGACAAUAUGCGCCGUUCCGCUCGCAAGUUUCAGCUCCAUCCGAGCAAAACUUAGUAAAUGCUAGCUACUGCUAUCGUCAUCAACCGGACUCAAAAUGUGGCAGACGCCAAGCCGAUGAACAGUCAAUGACCCAGCUGCAGUCCGACCUAAAUUUACUUCCUCAAAGUGAUCAGCAGGGCAUUGCCCAUGUGUGGUCCUUGUACUCCGCCGCUCCAGCAAAGCAGCGAACUCUCAUGCUCCAGGGAAUUUUGGCGCAGUCAUGCUUCCCCCAGCUAUCCUACAUCUCCGCCAGUGUCCGUGAACUCAUCCGAAUCGAUUUCCUCGCUGCCCUCCCCCCAGAGCUGUCCUUCAAAAUUCUCCGUUACCUCGACACGGCCUCCUUGUGCCGAGCAGCACAGGUUUCUCCCCGCUGGAGAGCCCUCGCCGAUGAUGAUGUGGUAUGGCACCGAAUGUGCGAGCAGCAUAUCCGCCGCAAGUGUAACAAGUGUGGCUGGGGUCUUCCUCUUCUGGAUCGCAAGCGUCUGCGCGAAGCCAAGCGUGAGAUUGAAUUGCGCGCCACCAAUUGGGGUAACAACGAGCCUACCGUUGGAUCUACUGAAGCUGCAAUGGUCGAAUCUUGCUCAACAGUUGUACCUGCAGCCAGUGGCAAACGCAAGAUGGAAUCCGAUGAAGUUUCCGCUCUUGCAAAGCGCCAUUGUGCUUCGCUUCCCCAGACCCCUGAAGAAGACGAGGGUUACUUCAAAACCCGUUACCGUCCUUGGAAGGAGGUUUAUCGGGAUCGAUUUGUUGUCGGUAUGAAUUGGAAGCACAAGCGCUGCUCAGUCAAAGUCUUCAAGGGCCACAGAGACAGUGUCAUGUGUCUGCAGUUCGAGGACAACAUCUUGAUGACUGGGUCCUAUGAUGCUACUGUUAAGAUCUGGGACACAGAUACUGGCGAAGAAUUAAGAACCCUCAAAGGCCACGUUGCUGGAGUGCGCUGCCUCCAGUUCGAUGACACCAAAUUGAUCACUGGUAGUCUGGAUCGCAGCAUCAGAGUCUGGAAUUGGCGCACGGGCGAAUGUAUCUCCAAGUACAAUGGCCACGCCGAAGCGGUCAUCGCCCUCCACUUUGAUUCCACUCUUCUUGCAUCCGCCUCUGUCGAUCGCACUGUCAAAAUCUGGAAUUUCAAGGACAAGUCUACUUUCGUUCUUCCCCACCCACAGGGAGUCAACGCUGUCAAAAUCGACUCGGCUUCGCGUACAGUUUUGACCGCUUGCGACGAUGGUGCCGCACGCCUUUGGGACCUGGACACUAAGACUUGCAUCCGAGUCUUCCACAACCACAUUGGAGCUGUUCAGCAAGUUAUUGCUUUACCCCGAGAAAUUGAACUGGAGAAUCACCUCGCCGACUGCGAGAAUGACCACGUCAGCACAUCUUCUCAGAACGGUGACAACAUCAUGAGCACGCUUUCCCCUCUUCUCGAGGCCAAGUCCCUGUCUCUCCAGAAUUCACCCUUCGGCUCCUCUUUUGACCAGGAUCAAGGCCGCAUUGAACCCCCACGCUAUAUCCUCACCAGCGGCGUGGACACAACCAUCCGAUUGUGGGAAACCAGCACCGGAAGAUGCCUUCGUACCUUCUUCGGUCAUUUGGAAGGUAUUUGGGCUCUUUCUGCUGAUACCCUGCGGAUUGCCUCUGGCGGCAUGGAUCGCAUGGUCAAGAUCUGGGAUCCUCGUGUUCCUACUGGUCAAGAUACCUAUGAAGGUCACAGUGCAGCUGUCAACUGCAUUGGCCUGAGCGACAGCCGCUUCAUCACUGGUGGUGAUGACUACCAAGUUCGCAUGUACGAUUUCCGGGCUUAG